CAAAAUGAUGAUAUUUAAAGUUAUUAUGCAAGUAUGGAAAAACGAAUUACUGCUUCUAGAGAAUAAUCAAAGGGUAUUACACCAGUUUCAUAACACAAUGCAACUGCAAAUCUGCUGAUUGGAUAAAAGUGGCAUUCAACUUAUUAUAAAAGGACCAACAUAACUCACGAUUGUAUCAAAUAUCAUCAUGAACCCUCAUUUCUUCAUCGCUCUUCUCGUAGUAAAUUUAAGCUUACUUGAGAUAUACGAAGCAAAAGAAGAGUUAAUCAAUUUACAAAAAAGAGAUGUUGGAGUCAAAAUAGAACACGAAAGACGAGACGGACGGAAUCAUCGAACUGGAAUCAGAGUCGAUGCUGGGAGAACUUGGAAAACUAAAGAUGGAAGAGGAACAUUGCAAGCUGGUGGAUUCUAUUCUCGUGACUUUGAAAGAGAAGGAGGUAGAAGAUUUCGUAGACCAGAUUAUGGAGUGGGAGUUAAAUUCAAUUACAAAUUUUAACAAUAAUAAUUCUCUACAUUCCUAAUUUACUGCUAAAUAACGUUUACGAUAUAGAAACAUCCUUAUUAUAUCCAAAUAUUAUAA